CCCCCUGUGACCCGGGUUGGUCGGGCGCAGGCUGGUGGUGGCCGGUCUCUGCAGUGAAAACAAGAGGCGUCCUUGGGGCACCUUAGACACUAACACAUUUAUUUGGGCCUAAGCCGUAAAACCCACUUCAUCAGCUGCAUGGAGUGGAAAACACAGUAGGAAGUGCAGUGAGAGGCACAGGGAGGCUGCAGGGGGUGCCCAGCAUGGACUGUCCUGCCAAGGUUGCUGCUCCCAGCUACUGAUCACCUCUGGAACAUGCUUCCAGUCUGCUCAGGAACAGUGGCCUGUGCAGGAAGCUGCAGGCAGGGACUUUCUUUCCGGACCACAAGAUCACAGUGGGGGAUGUGGAAAUGCCCACAGUACUCCUGGGAGACCUGGCUUACCCCUUACAGCCCUGGCUCAUGAAACCUUACACAGGACACCUGGACAGCAGUAAGGAGUGUUUUAACAACAGGCUGAGCAGGUGCCGCAUGGUAGUCGACUGUGCCUUUGGCCAUUUGAAAGCUCACUGGCGGUGUCUCAAUGGCAGUUUAGACCUUACCAAGGAUAAUAUUCCCAGGCAAUACACAAAAGAGGGAUUGUCACAGUCCAGCAAAUGAUUGAAACAUUUCAGUAACAAGGGCCUUUUGCAACAUAGCAAUCACUUUCUCACUGACUCUAGGCACACAGCUCUGCAAGCACCCCAAUCAUGGUGGCCAACUUGCUUGCUGACAUCUCACUGCUGCGGGUGAGGAGGGAAACCAGGGCACAACUACUGCAUGCUUGCAACUUUCACCCCAGUCUAUAUGCAGCUCAACUAUGUGCCACUUUGGUCCCAGCUCCAGUGAUUGCUAAAUGGCAUGGUACAGUUUCCUACAGUGGGGGAACUAACAAGGCUGCAAUCCCUUGAAAUCUGCCGCAGAGGAUUAACAAGUACCUCUUGGAAACUUUCCAGAGCCUCUCUCUGGAGGAUUCCCUGCAGGUCUCGAUGUCCAUCGACACCCUGGCCAUGCAGAUUAGCUACACAGGGCAAUGUCCUGCUCACAUAAAACACUACCUGCCUCCUACUUUUCGAUUCCCUACACAAGCCACAGCAACUUAUUCGACAUCUCAUUGGCUUCCUGCUUCCCAUAGAGCACUGAUGGAGAGGAGAAAAGUUCCUGGCUCCCUGCUCCACCAGGUCAGGUGACCCGCUGGGAACUUCACAUCCUCUUCUACUUCCACUUCUUCAUCCAGAAUUUCAGCCUCCGGGUUACCCCCUCUUUCUGCUGCCUCUGAAGUAUCCAUGGGACUAUCGGUGAUGGAGGUGGGGUCACCACCGAGGAUAGCAUUCAGCUCCUUAUAGAAGUGGCAGGUCUUAGGUGCACCACAGGAGUGAUGGUUUGCCUCCCAUGCCUUAUGAUUCAAUUGUCAUAGCCUUUUGGGUUGGGCUUGCUGCAUUUGUGGUGUUUCUGUUCCUUAUAUUGCUCUACAUGUCCCGAUCUGGGUCAACAUCAGUCAAACAAGUGCUUGCAGGUAACCGGAUAGAACAUCUGGAAGGAAGUAGCUCCAAUGCUGAGCGGCUGCAUUGUGAUGAUCUCAGCAGUCCGGACUCAGACUUGAUCGCUACUGAACCACGUAAUUCUCUUUCAGAUGAAACUGGCAUUCAUGGAAGGAUCUCAGCUUGAGUGAGAACUAGAGACGGAUUCCUUAAAAACCAAUCAGUGAUGAUGACAGUGGGAAGAUACAAGAAUACCCUUGAUACCUGUUAGGAGCUUUAUAAAAUUACCCCUGAAAAAGAGAACAAAAAUAAUUUUAAAAACUAAGACUAAAAUUCAAAAUAC